AUGGAAACAAGUAAACUGUGCGUGUGGAAAUGGGAGGAAGAAGAGAAGGAGUUGGGUGUAUGGACAGAAAGGCCGGGCCGAGUUUACACCUGGAGCGUGUUUAGGAAUUUUAUUUCUUUCUGCUGAGGAGAACUGAGGUACAUCAUCUUUACUGAACUGCUUCAUGAUGCCACGUGCACAGAGUCCUCCUGCGAGCUGUGCCAAGAUGCAGACCAAACUGAGCACCUGGACUCCUCUGAACAAUCCACGGGCCAACAGCAAGGUGUUUGAAGAGAGACGAGGCCUUCUAGCAAAGUGGUUCGACAGGUGGUCUGACAGUCAAAGGAAGGCGGUGCUGCAGGACUUGGUGUUGAACUGUUCGAUGGAGCAGCUCAGGUUCCUGAACAUCAGCGUGAGCAGACAGCUCCCCCUGCAGGCCGCAGACUUCACCUGCCUGCUCCCCAGAGCCCUCUCGCUCUAUCUCUUCUCCUUUCUGGACCCACGCAGCCUCUGUCGAUGCGCCCAGGUGAGCUGGCACUGGAAGAGCAUUGUGGAGCUGGACCAGCUGUGGAUGCCCAAGUGUCUAAGGCUGGGCUGGAGCCUCAACUUCUCCCCAAAACCAUUUGAGCAGGGCAUCUGGAAAAGACGCUACAUCCAGAUGGUCCAGGAGCUGAGGCUGAACCUGCUGCAGAGUGCUGCAUCACAGCAGCAGUGUGUGGUUCCAGAUGCUGUUGCAGCAACAAGUCGUAGUCACAAAGAACCAACAGAAACAGAGAAGCGUCCAGCAUCCACCAAGCAGGAACCUGGAAGCAGCUUCAGCACACGAUUAAAAAAAGAUUUGCAGCCAGGUGCACCCCCACCAUGGAGAGACUCUGACAGACAUCCCAAAGAUACACUACGCUUCAACUACCUGGACAAUCUGGACCCCAUCGAACAGGCACCGAGAGCGCAGAUGCGAAACAACAGAGCUUCCACCUGCUGUAGUAACACAUCAAAGCCGGGUGAUGGGAAAAGGAAAACUCUGUCUGAAGCAAAUUAUAAACUACGCAAAGCCAAAUCGCUGAUUGUCCCCACACCCCACCAUUCUGCUCCUCCUGCUGGCCUUCAUCCUCCUCCUCAUCAGACAGAGACUCACCCUCCAUGGACAUCGCACAGACAAGACUACCCCGUCACUGCCGAGGCUGCCAAGAGCCUGCUCCGCCUGGCCCAUUGGAAUGCUGGGAUCUGUCCGAGGCCGGUGAGGACACCGGUGCCUCGACUGAGUGUGGAAGCGCUCAGGGCGUUCCGGCGCUCACACAGGAGCAUUCCCAGUACCCCCCUGUUUGAAGUUCAACCCCAGACUGUGUCGGCAUCUCACACAAGCAAAGAAGUGAUUUAUAUCACCCCCAGCUGGAGGAAAACAGAAGUACAGUAUGCAACCUGAAGAACCAGAGCUUCAGUUUUUCUGCAUAUGCAAUAUGUAUUGUAAACUCACUUCAAUUUCAAUUCAAUUUUAUUUGUAUAGUGCCAAAUCAUAACAGCCACCUCAAUGUGCUUUAUAUUUUAA